AACUAUCCUUACAGCUUGAAUACCUUGCUGGAUGUAAUUUUCAGUCCUGACGCGUAUCUGUUGCAAGUGUCAUUAUGUAUACAUCCACAGCAUGAUCCAUCCAGUCAUCUGAAGUAGGCUAACGUUACACUUUUGGCAAGGAAAACAUUUUCUAUUGCCAACAUCACUGUUCUGUCUUUUUCAAGAAAGCAAACCUAUCUAUUCUAAAUGCACGGCCUGACCAAAAUCAAAGUGCACGUUUCCUCUCUAAUUCUUUUGUUGUGAAUUCGAUUUAUAUUUCUUGUAUUUAUUUGAUCUCCUGACUUGCUGGGCUUUGGCAUGCAGUAACAGUUCAUACACAAAGCAGAAUGGCCUUGUCUAGUGCAGGCCGGCACAUUUGGAAGACCACCACUUACAGUGUGAGGAGACUCCAGUGUCGUCAAACAGCUGUGUACACUGGUGUCCAUGGAUUCAACAAUGAGGAAAUCCGGGGAAAACUGCAGGCUUUCCCUGGUGGAUCUAUUGAUCUCAUCAAGCAGGAUUCUGGAAUUGCCGUGAUGACUGUGAACAAUCCAGCUCGCAUGAAUGCUUUUUCAGGAACCAUGAUGCUUGAGCUGGAGGAGAGAGUGAUGCAGUUGGAGGAAUGGACCGAGGGGAAAGGUCUCAUUGUCCAGGGGGCUGCUGGAACCUUUUGCUCUGGUUCUGACUUGAAUGCCGUCAGGGCAAUAUCAAACCCACAGGAUGGCAUGAAAAUGUGCAUGUUCAUGCAGAACACAUUGACCCGACUGCUCAGGCUGCCUCUUAUCUCUGUUGCCUUGGUGGAGGGCAAGGCACUGGGAGGAGGAGCAGAGCUCAUCACCUCCUGUGACUUCAGAUUGAUGGCGCCAGACAGUGUGAUCCAGUUUGUCCACAAGCACAUGGGCCUUGUUCCAGGAUGGGGUGGUGCUGCUCGACUAGUCCGGAUUGUGGGCAGUCAGAACGCCUUAAAGCUGCUGGGUGGUGCCAAGAAAGUGGACCCAGAAUAUGGCACUCAAAUCGGCAUGGCCAAUGGCGUGCUGAGCCCUGCAAAUGGCACCAGUGCUUUGGUAGAAGCCGAGCAAUGGCUAGCCCAAUACACCAAAGGCCCUGCCAUGGUGAUCAGGGCGGUGAAGCAGGUGGUGGUGUGUGGGAGAGAGCUCCCCCUAGAGGACGCUCUGAGGACUGAGAAAGAUGUGUUUGGGACCGUGUGGGGUGGCCCGGCCAACCUGGCAGCUUUGGCCAGCAAGUCUAAACAUAAGUGAACACAAGCAUGAGGACUUGUCACAAACUGAUCGAGUGCUUUUGAGAUGCAGACUCGGAUCAAUUUCCUAAUAAUAUAAGUUUGAUUACUGUAUGCCCUUGAAUGUGGUGAACAAAAACAAACACAACACAAAUUCUCUCAUGUUGAGGGAUGUUGCAAAAAAAGCAUUAAAGAUAUAUAUACAUUGA